CGAACUUACAGAUCAUGUUUUAUUUCUCACCAACCCGAAACUGUGUGUAUCGGAAACAAUUCUGACUAUUUUAAAUAAUGUGAAACUCUGUGGAUCGGAUGCAUUACGGUUCAACGUAUUGUAACCAGCGUGGAGGGUGAAGGAUUGUUCAACGUCAGUGGUGGUGCCGAACUGGUAGUUGAUAUUGUAACCUAGUAUUAGUAAGUGCGAUUGGGCUCAUAAGUCGGUGAUCACAAGUUUACUUUAUGUCAACCUGACUUAGUUCCGACACAAACCGGUUAGUCUCGGUGAUGUUUAACUUUCCCAGUAACCAUGUCUUCUAAAACAAUAGUUCUCUCUCCAGCCGACGAGGAAGCUGGCCCUAGCACGCAUGAUGAAGGCGGAAGAAAGUGUUCUUGUACUGGUAGUACAGACUUGAAUGGAAGAAUGGCAGCAACAGACAGGGAAGUGACACCUAGCAUUGAGAACAGAGACCAAGGUGAUUCUGACGACAAAACAUCCACAGAGCAGUCGUCCAUAUCAAACUAUGUAUCCGCCCCUGUGCUAUACGGUAACACAUCAGGCAUUUCGAGCUCAAACAGCAGUACAGUUGCUCUGUGGGGUGAGCUUGCAUCCCCAGCAGCAGGGAAUGGUGACCGAACAGACUCUGACAUGAUGUUCAACACUGGAGAGGAAUUGUUCACCUCUCACACAUUAUCAUCCAGUGUUAGUGGUUUUGUGUCCUCGCCAGGCCUAUCUGGAGACGAGGCCGAGGUGGAUGAGGAAACCGGGGUGGAGGAGAGUGAAGACGAGCGAUGUGCAACCCCACCCUUCCCUGUACUGUCCUCCAAGCCUGUGAAAGGGGAAUCAUUUUGUGCAUGUUAUCAGAAUGGGGCAGACUCUGGUCUAUAUUGCACAUGUGGGGAGGAAGAUUCAGUAUUUGAAUGGGUGUGGGAGGAGAAAACCAAAUCAUCAGCAAGCUUGCUGAAGCAGGAUUUACGGGAAGUUUUAUUCCAUGUGGACUUCAGCUGUGGAACGGCUGGUGUGCGAGGGACCAAAGUGAUGAAGGAAGAUCAGUAUUACUGGGAGGUUAAAAUGACAACACCUGUCUAUGGAACAGACAUGAUGGUAGGAGUGGGAACAGCUGAGGUGGACCUAGACAAGUAUCGUCACAUGUUCUGCAGUCUGCUGGGCAAGGACAGCGAAAGCUGGGGGCUUUCAUAUAAUGGCUUCCUACAGCACAAGUCACUGAAGAAAUCCUAUUCCUCAAAGUUUGGCCAGGGCACAAUUAUUGGAGUUCAUCUGGACAUGUGGCAUGGGGCCCUGUCGUUCUUUAAGAACAGGAAACCUCUUGGUGUUGCUUACGUCGGAUUACAAGGGAAGUCUAUAUUCCCCAUGGUGUGCUCCACAGCGGCCCGCUCAGGUAUGAAGGUGAUCCGCUGCCGAUCGUUUAAGACUUCUCUCCAGUUCAUGUGCUGCCAGGUGUUGCGAAAGCUUGUUCCUCACCACAAGGACGUCUUAGAGGCUUUGAUUCUGCCUCCAGGGCUACGGACAUUCCUCUACAAUAAUGUUGGCUGGCUUCUACAACCAAGUCCUUUAGAGUCAGCAGAUAGAUGUCGUGAAACUGUCGGGGCACGGAAGCGUAAUUUCACAGAAAUGGAGGAGGGCACCUCUAAAGAACCCACGUCUAAAAGACUCUGUUCUUCUCACAGAGAGUGAUAGUCCUUGUUGGUAUCAAUGACACAUGUAUCUGCUGGUUGCUUUUAGGUGUGAGUACAGCAUGCUGUACUACACGUGGGUAUGAAGGUGCUGCCAUUGCUGUGUGCUUCAGGUAUUACCAUUCCAACCUCUGUGGUGAAGAGCUGUAUGUUUGCUUUGAAUCCUGUGAAUCCAACGCAGAGCUAAAUACAUCGGAAAAAAUAUGCUUUUAGAACAAAUGUUCUUUACUUAAGAAAACUGUUACAAUUUUCAAGAAGUAAGACAUACGUGUUUACAUAAUUUUCGAACAUAAAUUCUCAAUCAGCUGAAGGUACCCGUGACAAUGGCAUGGGCCAGACCUCUGAAACGUAAGUUGCUGGGUACAUAAGCUAUCCUGCCCAUGCACAAGGGCCAUGAAUGAUCUGUGUGAUAUGAAAUGUAACCGUAGCAGGAGUCAGUGAUCAUGAGCUAUUUUUUAUAACUUAUUUGCAAAUGUGAUAAUUUCCAGUGCCAAUGCUAAGUACAGCUGUAGCAUACACCAUUCUGAAGUAAUUAAGGGUCAUUAAAUGCUAAAUUUAUAUUGUAUGACACAUCAAAGAUUACUCAUCAGAUGAAGUCUUUGGUAAAAUUAAAAAUGAGUUUUAAAUGUUUCAAUGAAGAAAACUCAAUUGUCAUGAGGUAGUAUGAUAUGAAAUGUAGAGGUGAUGUAAACUGUUUAUCUACAGUGUGUACUAAGGGAGACAACUGUGUACGAAGUGAACCAAUUUUCAUACUUUUACAUGCUUUUACACAAGACUGUCUGUUGCAUUCUAGGAUUAUGUUGAAAUGCAAUUGUUUCCAGGCCAACCUGAGUGACCAAUCACGUUGAGUUCCAUAUGACAACCCUUCCACAAUUGGUCUACCUAAUCGGUAUUUCAUGAUGAUUCCGGACCAUCUAACCAUGUUGAACUCAAUCACGUUUACUAUUAUAGAAAUAUGAAUGAACAUAUAUGAAGUUAUGGUAGAAUUAUAGAUGAGAGUGUGUAGAACAAUGGAUAUCAGUAGACCCUGGGAAACUGGUGACUAAAACAUGUUAUUAGACGUACACUGGCUUGUCAUCUGUAAUUAGGAUUCAUUGCCUCAUAGGAAGGACCAGCAUUAAUCAUGCACAUGCCGACAGUCAGAUGUGUGUGGUCAGUCCAAUGUCAAGUUGUUAGUAUUAAACAGAGCAUGGAUCUGUGAAGUGUGUGCACAAUUUGAUGGUCCCUUUAGUGUGACAUUAUACAUGCAUGUUAAUACCUCAAGAUUAUGGUAUGGCUGAAUUGUUUCAGUAUAUAGAAGUGUUGUCAUAAUGUGAUUUUAUUACUUACAU